UUUUUUGUUUGAUAUCUAAUUUUCAACUUUCGUGUUAUUUUUUUACUUUUGUGAUAACUUAUAAAAAAUUAGUAGAUAAACUAUGUUCUCUAAUAUCCAAUCGUGAUAUAUCUUCAAGGAACGUGUCAAAACCUUGAUUACUUAAGUUGUUAACUAUAUGAAAUAUCCACAAAAGUACUGUGCAGUCUACAGGUAAAAUUUCUUUUUUGAGCAACAAUGGACCCGCAAGAUCAGAUGGAAAUGAAAUACAAUGCAGGAAAUGAAGUAGGGGGUUUGGAAUUAUGUAUAGUUUGUGGAGAUAGAGCUUCAGGACGGCACUAUGGUGCUAUUAGUUGUGAAGGGUGCAAGGGCUUCUUCAAAAGAUCAAUCCGCAAGAAACUAGGCUAUCAGUGUAGAGGAAGUAUGAACUGUGAAGUUACAAAACACCACAGAAAUAGAUGCCAGUACUGUCGUCUACAGAAAUGCUUGGCUUGUGGUAUGAGAAGUGACUCGGUCCAACAUGAGAGGAAGCCGAUAGUAGAGAAAGUAAAGAGUGAACGGGAUGUUCAUGAACGACAAGCAGCCUAUUCAAAACUAUUGGGACUUGCCAACCAUACACAGGGACAGAUUAACCCAAAGGAGGAAGGAGGCGAGGCUUUUGGAGCAGUAUCUCCAGCAGCUCCGGCUUUAAACUUUGCUUUAGCUGCUGCUGUUGCUUUCAACAAAGGGAAUCCAGCCGUUGCUCCAUACUUGGGUAGUGGGCCCAAUGAGUUGGAUGGAGCAAGACGGCAACAGCUCAUGUUGCAGACACAACUGGCAAAGAAUCUCUUCAAAAUGGGACAAUUUGGUGCAAUUAAUGAAUACCUGCAAUCAGCGUACGGGGCCACGCCUCCUGACGUACCCAUGGCCGCCUUACACGCAGCGGACACACAGCAAACUGAUGGUGAAGAAAUAGGUAUCUUCAGUAACCCUGAUUCGCUUGAAUUGCCCUUAUCGCUUCCGGGGUCGGGUGCGCCUGCGCUGCGAUUACACGCGGCAUGCGAAGCGGCUGCUAGAUUAUUGGGCGCUUUGGCUAGAUGGGUGCUAUCUAUGAACACAGUUACUGCGUUGCCUUUUGAGAUCCAAGUCACGCUUCUCCGCAAGUCUUGGGCUGAGUUAUUCGUAUUGGGCCUUUGUCGUUGGGCCCAGCCUUUGGGGCUGGAUUCACUUCUGCCUCUGAUGUCAGCACACUUACACUCUGAGUUACGGGAAAGAUCAGAGAGUAGGACUGGAAAUCAGAACAGUGACGUCACUACACCAGAGAUAACAAUAUCGGACUAUUCAGACGAGCGCAUAACAGAAGUAUCAACGAUGCUGUCACGUCUUCACCAAGUGGUCCAUAAUAUGCACCAGCUACGCAUCAGCGACCGUGAACACGCACACUUGAGGGCUCUAUGUCUUUUUUCGUCUGAUGGCGUUCCAGAUUUUCUGACCCGAAAACUUCAGGACUAUCAGAUAAAAGUACUACGGUCUUUGCGCUCCAUUUGUGACGAAGAGAGGGCCUUGACCCUAGUCCUACAACUUUCAGUACUACGCAGUUUCACCCCGACCUUUAUAGAAGAUGUCUUCUUCGUAGGCUUCGUAGGAGACGUCAGUAUCGAUGAGGUGAUACCCUAUUUGUUGAAUGCGGAACGAUAAGUAUCAGCAUUAUGGCAACUCAGAGUGCUUAAAAAAUACUAUGUGAGAGAGACGGUGCGGAACGGAUCGGCGUGGCGGUCAUGAGAACUAAUAAUAUUUUUAUUUGCCACGGCCUUAAUGUAUUAAUUAUAACAAUUUUAUACUUUUAAUUUGAUCACAUUAAGUAUCGAGAUAAACUGUUGAACUGUAAUGACGUAACAGCAACACUCAACAGUGUGUAACAACAGAACAGCCUUAAACCCAACAACGGUUCUCUUUCUGCACAGACUCUAAACGUAAUUUAAAAAUGACUUUACACUUGGUCACGUGACCGAUACAAACUGCUUUCACGCUAAUUUCAACGGUUUAACCUAAUGCAAUGUUUUUUUUUGUAUAUUUACAAAAAAAAAAUUUUUUUUUUCGGAAAUAGUAAAGUGGAGGUAAAACUAUUCACAUGUACUAAGAAAUAAAAUAAAAUAAUUACUCCAAAAUUGAUUUUGAUUAAGAAAACAAGAAUUUUAGCAUAAUAUAAAGCUAUAAAAGGACUUAUUUAGAUGCCAGUGAAAAAUUACGAAUAUGUUAUAUUAGUUUUAUUUAAGUCAAUAUACAAUUAUUGUACUAUUUUUAAACCUAAAACUUGGUUAAAAUUUCUCUACUUCACACUAAUUAAAAAGUAAUUAUAAUCAAGACCACUUCCAUAGACAAAAGUUACUAAUUUCCGUGCUUGUAAGUACUCAAAUACGUGCACGUUGUUCUUGAUCAUAAUAUAAUUUGGUUGUGGCGUUAUUUUGAAAGUGAUAUCCCUAUUCCCCAAAUACAAUAUUAAAACAUAUUUCCUAGACCAUAAAUAUAUGUUUGACAAGAGAAUUUAGAAGAAGAAAACAAGUUGUGCCUUAAAAUGUACCUUUUCCUGUGUUGAAUAUAAAUCGAAUUAAAAGUGGAUAUUUACAAAUUUUGUACUUUCUAGGUCUAGUUAUUCAAAAUGUCUUCCUAUUUAAUAAUUAAGAGAUGAUAAUAAUAAUCCGUCCGAUAAGUUACAAUUAAGUUAUUUAUAAGUGCCUUAAUAAAAUUAUUAUAACCUUAUUGUG